CUGUCACGAAGUGACCCAGGCAGGGAGACGAGGAGGCGGACACAGGUGCAGGUAAGGGCGAUAUAAAUAAAUAAUUUAUUAAAUAAAUAACAAAGAAACAAGGAAACGAGGAACAAGUAAACAUGUAACAAAGAAACACAAAUAACCAAUAACAAACGAGUGAUGAUAAUAAUGAUAAACAAACAGGGAAUAUAUACAGGGAGCAAAACUAGAAAAUAAACACAAAGCAGGGUAUAUACAAGAGAAUAACAAGGGAAACUAGAAAUAAACAGGACUAGGAAGACUAAACUGAACAGGGCAAUAAACAGGGAAAAUAACAAGGAACAGAGGCUAUGAAAAACGGAGAAACUACGAAACACGGAGAGACAAAACAACAGGGGUUAGUGCAAAGACCGACGGAGACAAAGUGGUAGACGAGGGCUAUUUAAAGAAACAAGAAACACUCUAGAAUUGGAAACACCUGGGGAAGGGGCGGAGCUACAAAUGAGACACAGGUGGAAAUCUACUAAGACGGGAGACACAGGGGAGCACAGGUCACGUGGGGAAGACACACAGAGACACGAGACAGGGCUAAGACCUGACAGAAGCCUCCCCCUAAACGCGCAGCUCCCGAGGCGCGUAAAAACGAACCCCGGGGGCUGGCGGUGGGGAGAGGCCGGGGAAAACAAGAGACGAAACCGGGGACUGAAACGGAGACAGGACAGAGGACAGAGACUGGACGGGAGACUGGACGGGGAACUGGACAGGAGACGGAGACUGGAUGGGGAACUGGACAUGAGACGGAGACUGGACGGGACCGGACAUGGGAACAGGGACGAGAACAUUGACAGGGACAGAAACAAACACGGUGACUGGGACAGGAACGGAGAAACUACCAGGGACAGGAACCGGAACAAACACAGACACAGGGACCAAGACAGGGAGAGACAGGGGCACAAAAAACAUAGGUGGGUGCCCAGGACUGGCAAAAGUCUGUGUGGUAGUCCAAGGAGCCAGCCUGGGCACAGUUCUGGAGUGAAAGUCCGGGGACCUCGGUGCCUGCCUGGGUAAAUGGGCCCUGGGGCCAAACAAAG